AUGUCGUCAAUCUCGCAGGCGCCUCUCCUGCCCGUCGUCAGCACAUGUCUCCUCCUCUUCAUCGCCUACCGCUUCAUCCACGCCCUCUUCCUUUCCCCCUUGCGCAAGGUCCCGGGCCCUUUGCUGGCAAGACUGACCGCCAAGCGUGGUGAUCUCGACAACUUCUCCGGCAAGGUCGCCCAGACCGCAGAGCGCGAUGCGGACAAGUAUGGCCCUGUCUACGUCUACAAGCCCAACGCGGUCUGCGUCAGCCACCCAGACGACGUCCGCACCAUAUUGGGCUCACAGGACUUCAGAAAGGCCCCCUUUUUUGACAUUUUCGACGACGGGGGCACCAAGAACAUUGUCUCCCAGCGGGACCCUGCCCUGGCCAGUCGCCGCAGACGCCAAAUUGGUCCCUAUCUGAACUUCAGCUAUUUGCACAAAAUGGAGGACGUGAUCCAGCGGCACGGCUACCUAGCCAUCCAAGCCAAAUGGGAGAGGAUGAUUGAUGAGAACAGCGGCAAGGCCACCGAGGUGAACUACCGCAUCGACACGCAGCUGGCCACCUUUGACAUUAUGAGCGCGCUGGCCUUUGGGCGCGACCCCAGCUCCAUCAGCAAGGGCAGCUCCUCGAUCAGUAGCCGCGCGGGCUCCAUCAUGGACCUUCUCGACAGCCCCCUGAUUCUCGGUCUUCUCUCCCUCAUCCCCUUCACGUGGCUCAUGCUUCCUUGGAAAUGGAUGUAUCAGGAGCUGGCCGACUACAGCCGGGAGUCGCUCCUCAUGCGCAAGAAACUCCGCGAGACGGGGGAGCAUGUUCCAUUCGACAUGCUGCAGGCGUUUGUGGAAGCCGAGGACCCGGAAUCCAAGAUGAAAAUGUCAAGUUCUGAGAUUCAGGCGGAAUGCAUCAUGAUGAUGCUCGCGGGGAGUGAGACCACCUCGUCCGCCAUCAUGUGGACGAUUCAUCUGUUGCUUCUGCACCCGGACAAGCUAGAGCGUGCUGUCGAAGAGGUUCGUUCCACGUUUCCGUCCGACCAUCUCAUCUCCCAUCAGGAGGUCUUGUCUAAGCUUCCCUACAUUGACGCGGUCGUGAGUGAGGCUCUGCGCGUGUCCCCAACGACAGCGGGUUUAACACCCCGUGUCUCUCAGACUCGGGGCAUCAGUCUUCAGGGUCAUUAUAUUCCACCAGGCACUGAGAUUUUUGUCAAUCUCCGCUCCGUGAACAUGCACGACGGCUUGUGGGAGCAGCCUCGCCGAUUCCAGCCAGAGAGGUUCCUGGAUAAUGACGAGGCGAAAAAGACACUCUUCACCUUCUCCUACGGUCCCCGAAACUGCAUCGGCCGUAACUUGGCUUGGGUGGAGAUGCUCACUAUUGUCGCCAACUUACUUAAAGACUAUGAUAUUAGGUUACCGUCGGACAGCCGGUUCGGUCCAAGCAAUGUGGAUGAGGAGGGUGUUCCGAGGUUACUGCCCGCCAAGUGCUUCAUUGCGUCUUUUCCUGCGAAUCCUGAUAGAGAUUGUCGGAUGGUCAUCAGCAGGCGUAGCUGA